AAGAGAAAAGGCAAAAAAGAAGGAGUAGAAGACUCAAAUAACGAAGAAGAAGGCCGCAAAAGAAGGGAGGAAGACUCACAACAACGAAGAAGGGAGGCAAAAAAGAAGGAAAAUAAAGGCAAAAAGAAGAAGGCAAAAAGAAGGAGUAGACGACUAAAAGAAGGCAAAAAUGAAGGAGGGGUAGAAGACUCGAUACCUCAAAUAACGAAGAAGAAG